CGGGCGGGCCGGCUUGCCUCAGGAGUCGGGGGUCGGGGCAGCGGGCCCGGGCUCCGGCCUGGCCGCCGAGCCUCCUCCUCAGCCCCGUGCGGCCUCGGCUACCCUCGGGGGCUCCUCCUGGGCGCCGGCGCCGGCUCGGGCCCUGAGCCAAGAUGAUGUGCGAGGUGAUGCCAACCAUCAGUGAGGCUGAAAUUCCCCCAGGAGGAGGUGGGAGCCAUGGUUCUGGUUCCCCUUUACAGCCAGAUGCUGAUUCACAUUUUGAACAGUUGAUGGUCUCCAUGUUGGAAGAAAGAGAUCGUCUUCUAGACACGCUUAGAGAGACUCAAGAAACGCUUGCCUUGACGCAGGGAAAGUUGCAUGAGGUUGGCCACGAAAGAGAUUCCUUGCAGAGACAGCUCAAUACUGCACUCCCACAGGAGUUUGCUGCCCUGACAAAGGAACUCAAUGUCUGCAGGGAACAGCUUCUUGAAAGAGAAGAAGAAAUUGCUGAGCUGAAAGCAGAGAGAAACAAUACUCGGCUGUUACUGGAGCAUUUGGAAUGCCUCGUCUCCAGACACGAGCGAUCUCUAAGGAUGACAGUUGUGAAGAGACAAGCGCAGUCUCCCGCAGGAGUGUCCAGUGAGGUGGAAGUACUCAAGGCGCUGAAGUCGCUGUUUGAGCACCAUAAAGCCCUGGAUGAAAAGGUGAGAGAACGGUUACGAGUAGCCCUGGAAAGGUGUAGUUUACUGGAGGAAGAGCUGGGUGCCACCCACAAAGAGUUGAUGCUUCUGAAGGAGCAGAACAAUCAGAAAAAACCACUAGCAGAUGGGAUGCUGGACAUGAAUCAUGAACAGGAAAACACACCGAACACAAAUGGAAAGAGAUCUUCUGAUGGGUCUUUGAGUCAUGAGGAAGACCUAGCAAAAGUGUUAGAGCUCCAAGAAGUUAUAGAUAAACAGUCAAAAGAACAAAGCCAGAUGAAGGAGCGGCUGGCGGCUCUCUCCAGCCGGGUGACUGAGCUGGAGGAAGACCUGGACACUGCCCGGAAAGAUCUCAUCAAGUCUGAAGAAAUGAACACCAAACUGCAGCGAGAUGCCCGAGAGGCCAUGGCCCAAAAGGAGGACAUGGAAGAGAGAAUCACAACUCUUGAAAAACGCUACCUCGCCGCCCAGCGGGAAGCUACCUCGGUGCACGACCUCAAUGAUAAACUUGAAAACGAAAUCGCUAAUAAGGACUCUCUACAUCGACAGAGUGAAGACAAAAACCGCCAGUUACAAGAACGCCUGGAAUUGGCCGAGCAGAAGCUGCAGCAAACCUUGAGGAAAGCGGAGACCCUGCCUGAGGUGGAAGCUGAGCUGGCCCAGAGGGUGGCGGCGCUCUCCAAGGCUGAAGAGAGACACGGCAACAUCGAAGAGAGACUGCGGCAGAUGGAGGCCCAGUUGGAAGAGAAGAAUCAAGAAUUACAGAGGGCGAGGCAGAGAGAGAAGAUGAACGAAGAACACAAUAAGCGUCUGUCGGACACCGUGGACAAGCUCCUCUCCGAGUCCAAUGAGAGGCUCCAGCUUCACCUGAAGGAGCGCAUGGCGGCUUUGGAGGAUAAGAAUUCUCUGCUUCGAGAGGUUGAAAAUGCCAAAAAGCAAGUAGAAGAAACACAACACGACAAGGACCAGCUGGUGCUCAACAUGGAAGCCCUGAGGGCUGAAAUUGACCAGAUGAGGAUGCGUGGUGGCAGCUCGCUGCAUCACGGCCGUCCGCACCUGGGCAGUGUACCCGAUUUCCGGUAUCCCGUGGCUGAGAGUCCCACAGAUCCUUAUAGCACCACAUCAGUAUUGCGGCGGGCCCAGAAGGGCCGUCUGGCGGCUCUCCGGGACGAGCCUUCCAAGGUACAGACUCUGAAUGAACAGGAUUGGGAGCGGGCCCAGCAGGCGAGUGUCUUAGCGAAUGUAGCGCAAGCGUUUGAGAGCGACGUCGAUGUGUCUGACGGUGAGGAUGACAGAGAUACUAUUUUCAGCUCCGUGGAUCUCUUGUCGCCCAGCGGGCAGGCCGAUGCCCAGACGUUAGCCAUGAUGCUUCAGGAGCAGCUGGAUGCCAUCAACAAAGAGAUCAGACUGAUUCAAGAAGAGAAAGAAAACACAGAGCAGCGGGCAGAGGAAAUUGAGAGCCGUGUGGGUAGUGGGAGUCUGGACAACCUCGGGCGGUUCCGGUCCCUGAGCUCCCUUCCCCCACAUCCAGGCUCCUGCCUCGCGGGGUCCUCUCCUCCGGGGAGUGGCCGCUCCACCCCUCGGCGACUCCCUCACAGCCCUGCCCGGGAGGUGGACAGGCUGGGGAUCAUGACUCUGUUGCCAGCUUCGAGGGAAGAGGUACGAGAUGACAAGACAACCAUAAAAUGUGAAAUAUCCCCCCCUUCGUCCCCAAGGUCCCUUCGUUUAGACAGAGUCCACAAAGGGGCUCUGCACACCGUGAGCCAUGAAGACAUCAGGGACAUUAGGAAUUCCACAGGUUCACAAGAUGGUCAGGUCAGCAACCCUAGCAGCAGUAAUAGCAGCCAAGACUCCCUUCAUAAAGCACCCAAAAAGAAGGGAAUCAAGUCUUCCAUCGGUCGCUUGUUUGGGAAGAAAGAAAAGGGCCGGCCUGGACACACUGGCAAAGAGGCCCUGGGGCAAGCUGGUGUGACAGACAUGGAGAGCUCCUCUCAAGAUGCCUUAGGAAUGAACAAAUUGGGAGGCCAGGCUGAGAAGAACCGAAAACUACAGAAAAAGCAUGAACUGCUGGAGGAAGCACGAAGACAAGGCCUUCCUUUUGCCCAGUGGGAUGGGCCAACCGUGGUUGUGUGGCUCGAGCUGUGGGUCGGGAUGCCUGCGUGGUACGUGGCUGCUUGCCGAGCCAAUGUGAAGAGUGGGGCCAUCAUGUCUGCCCUGUCUGAUACUGAAAUACAGCGUGAGAUUGGAAUCAGCAAUCCUCUGCACAGGCUAAAGCUGAGGCUGGCCAUCCAAGAAAUCAUGUCCUUGACGAGUCCGUCUGCCCCGCCCACGUCCAGAACGACGUUGGCCUAUGGCGACAUGAAUCACGAGUGGAUCGGCAAUGAGUGGCUGCCCAGCCUGGGGCUUCCUCAGUACCGCAGCUACUUCAUGGAGUGUCUUGUGGACGCUCGGAUGCUUGACCAUCUAACCAAGAAAGACCUGCGAGGACAGCUCAAGAUGGUGGACAGUUUCCACAGAAACAGCUUCCAGUGUGGAAUCAUGUGUCUGCGAAGACUGAAUUAUGAUCGGAAGGAACUGGAAAGGAGAAGAGAAGAAAGUCAGAAUGAAAUCAAAGAGGUGCUCGUUUGGAGCAAUGAUCGGGUGAUUCGCUGGAUUUUAUCCAUCGGCCUCAAAGAGUAUGCAAACAACCUCGUGGAAAGCGGCGUCCACGGCGCGCUGGUGGCCUUGGAUGAGACCUUUGACUUCAACGCUCUGGCCCUCCUGCUGCAGAUCCCCACUCAGAACACACAGGCUCGUGCUGUCUUGGAAAGAGAGUUCAACAACCUUCUAGUUAUGGGCACUGACAGAAGGUUUGAGGAAGAUGAUGAUAAAAGCUUUCGCAGAGCCCCUUCGUGGAGAAAAAAAUUUAGGCCCAAGGACAUUCGAGGAUUAGCUGCUGGCUCGGCAGAGACCCUCCCUGCAAAUUUUAGGGUCACCUCGUCUAUGUCUUCACCCUCUAUGCAGCCAAAGAAAAUGCAGAUGGAUGGCAGUGUAUCAGGAAGCCAGAGGUUGGAUUCUGCGACCGUAAGGACUUAUUCCUGUUAAAGCCUUCUGUUGUUUACCCACACUACUUCUACAGAUGAUUAUGCAUCGUUCUGAACUCAGCCAAGACCACAUUUUAGAAUUGAGUGGAUCUUUAAUCUGUUAAUACUUGUUAUAUGGACAAUGAGAUAUUUUAUUACAGAGUUUUUAAUUAGUAAAAAAAUUCAUGAAUACCAUAGAGAAAAUAUUUUAGAAUUAAAUGUUUCUUAUAUUUAUGUAAACUUAUGUGACUUCAUUUAUACAGUUACUUAAUUUUUCAUGUGUAUCCAGAUUAUAAAUAUCUUUUCCAGUCCAUGAGGUUCUUAUGCUUAAUUUGUUAGUCAACUGAAUGUACUGUAAUACUUGUAAGUAUAAAUCCUAUGAGCAAAUAGGGCUUUUUGUAAAUUGUGCAGUUAUUGUAAUGAUCAUUGUUUAAUUUUUUUAAAUAAACCUGACAGAAAUGAGGAUUUUACUACAUUUGUAAAAAGCGCCCUCUUACCAAGGAGUAGGCAGGCAUCAUCAAUACAUUUUUAACGAAUGCUUCAAAAAGCAAGCCGCCGCAGUCGUUUUGAAACAAUCAGACUUUUCAUUGCAAGCAGUUAUGGUGUGAUUUAAUUACUGAUCACAAUUACUGAUCUUUUUCUGAAAAGAAAUUUUUCAUUCUGUAGCAUGGACUGAUUUUACAUUUUGUAUUUUAAAUAUCUUCUCUACUAAAAUUGGAACUGAGAAACGUUAGAACGCUAUGGAGUCGUUCUAGAAAAACCUGGCUCAGCAUGCCCUGGGGCGCUGAGUCUCCCCUCCUUGGAUAACUUGUCUUCAUUGACUGCUAUAAAGCCAUGAACAGAGAAGACUUCUCUGAGCCCGGAAGGAUGGACCUGGGGAGGGGGCCAGGUCCUGCUCUCCCCUGCCCCCAGCCCGCAAAGAAGUGCUUUCCUCCCAACGCCGUUGGUUGAGAGGCUCCGAUGCAAUUUCUUCGAGGACCAAUCACAGCGCGCUGCAGUCUCGAGGCCCGCCCCUGCCGAGGGAUGCCGCGCCACCUUCAAUCCAGGCCUUACUGUGCUCGCCAGGCGGCUUUCGGCGUUUGUUGGCCAACUUGUUUAGCUUCUGCGCCCGGACACGUUUUUGAGAGUUUAAUGGUAUAGCCAUCACAUUUCAGACUGUAGAGAAUGUACCUUUUACUUUUAAAAAUGGCACAUUAAAAAGCCAACGAGAACCUGGUGUAGAUCAUGGUGCAUUAUUUAUUAUGCAACUAUAUAUAUAUGUAUGUGUGUGUGUAUAUAUAUAUAUAGAUAGAUAGAUCCAGAUAUAAAUAUAUACAUAUGUGCAUAUAUAUAUAGCAUGUCUUUUUCCUAUUCGUUUCUGCUUUUAAUGUACUUGUAUAACUCAUCGUUACUGUUGUUUUUCUAUUAAUCUUUUGUGAACUUUCUGAUUAUGUAACAAAGUAUGUACAGCCUGCUUUUGACUAUUUUUAUCACAGUAUUAUUUAUUGCUUUCUUUCAAUAAAGUACUGAAGCCUU